AAAAGAUCAAGGCGCGGACGUUCUGCUUUAUACUAUAAUGCAUUGCUGACCUAAACGGCGUGCCUCUCUUCCAUUUUUUCCCUCUUUUCGCCCUUGCUCACGCUUUUUUCUUCUUCCUUUUACCUUUUCCUUUCUCCCUCACCCUAUCUAUCUAUCUAUCUUGGGUCCUUUUUCUUCCAUACACAAAUUUAUUUCUCAUAUUGCUUACCAUAAAUCCUAGAAUGUAUGGAUCAUGGGCAUCAACACUUGAGGCGAAGGUUGUAAUUCUUGGAAGCCAAGGUGUUGGAAAGACUUCCUUGGUUGUUCGCUACAUUUCCAAAACCUUUUCGCCCAACUCAACUUCGACCAUUGGUGCUUCUUUCAUGACAAAAAAGCUCACAGUAGACAAUUGUAAGGUACGGUUACAAAUCUGGGAUACAGCAGGUCAGGAGCGAUUCCGUGCGAUGGCUCCUAUGUAUUAUCGUGGCGCUCAAGCAGCCCUUUUGGUGUAUGACAUGACUUCGCAAGAGAGCUUUGCAGAAUUACACUCAUGGAUUGAAGAGUUAAAGAGGAACAUGACAGAGGAACUUGUGAUUGUGGUGGUGGCGAACAAAUCUGAUCUUGCAUCGCGGCGAGAAGUUCCAGAGGAUCAGGCACGGGAAUAUGUCACGCGCGUACUUGGCCCUGAGACCCCGCUAUUUGAAGUCUCGGCAAAAGAGGAUGAUGGUAAGUUUGGAGAUCUACUCAUGCAAGGAGAGUGUACUCUGGAGGUAUGA